GCAGCUGUCUCUCUGGAAGGGCAAGCGCAAUUACGAUGUCACGCCUCAUUGCCGGCGCCCGCGGCCUAUUCAGACGCCAUCCCUUUGUGACCAACAGCGCCAUCUAUGGCAGCCUCUAUGUGGGUGCGGAGUUCACACAGCAAUAUGUCUCCAAGCGUUGGCUGGCGCGGCCGGAGGAGCGUGAGGAUAUCGAUUAUGCAACUGUAGGACGCUAUGCGGUAAUGGGCACCGCCAUCUAUGCCCCAUCACUUUACGCUUGGUACAAAUGGCUGGAUGGCACUUUUCCUGGCACAAUGAAGACAACGAUUUUAAAAAAAUUGCUGCUGGAUCAGUUUAUAUUGACACCAUAUUGCUUGACAUUAUUUUAUACAGGCAUGGCUCUUAUGGAGGGCUCUGAGGAUACUUUUGAGGAGCUGCGCGCAAAAUUCCUGCCAACUUUUAUACGAUCGUGUGCCUUUUGGUUGCCCGCACAGGCUCUCAAUUUUAUGUUCAUAGCGCCAAGAUUUCGCAUUAUCUAUAUGGGAGUAUGUGGCAUGAUUUGGGUAAACAUUUUGUGCUGGAUAAAGCGACAGAGUCUGAGCACAGAGACAGCAACAACAACAGUAGGCGAGUGUAAUGUCAAGGCGUGAUUGGAUUAGCUGGUAGCUUAACACAUAUAAUACAUAUAGAGGUACAUUUUGAUAUAUAUGUUUAUAUGUAUAU